CCCCGCGGGCGACCACGGCAGCAUCACGGUGGGGGACCCGCCCUACCCGACUGGGCUGUCUUUGCCAGCCACCCUCAUCCCGCUAUGAACCUGCCUGACCCUCAGGAGGACCACACAAGUCAAGAGUGAUUGGAGCACAUACUUGUUGGUCACAAAAAACAUUCAUGAAGUCUGGUUCUUUUAUGAAUUUAUUAUGGGUCUACUGAAAAUGUGAGCAAAUCCCCAAGCUUCUGGCAAGCUUCUGCUUGAAUUUUUGACCACUCCUCUUAACGAAAUUGGUGCAGUUCAGCUAAAUGUGUUGGUUUUUUGACAUGGACCUGUUUCUUCAGCAUUGUCCACACGUUUAAGGCAGGAAUUUGGGAAGGCCAUUCUAAAACCUUCAUUCUAGCCCUAUUUUAGCCAUUCCUUUACCACUUUUGACAUGUGUUUGGGGUCAUGGUCCUGUUUGAUCACCCAACUGUGCCCAAGACCCAACCUCCGGGCUGAUAAUUUUAGGUUGUCCUGAAGAAAUAGAGGAAAUCUUCCUGUUUCAUUGUCCCAUUUAAAGCACCAGCAAAACAGGCCCAGAGCAUAAUACUACCACCACCAUGCUUGACGAUAGGGAUGUUGUUCCUGAGAUUAAAGACCUCACAUUUUCUCCUCCAAACAUAUUGCUGGGUUUUGUGGCCACACAGCUUAAUUUUUGUUUCAUCUGACCACAGAACUUUCCUCCAGAAGGUCUUAUCUUUGUCCAUGUGAUGUCAGAGUUUCAAGUACCUCGGAGUCUUGUUUACGAGUGAGGGAAAAGUGGAUCGUGAGAUCGACAAGCAGAUCGGUGCGGCGUCUUCAGUAAUGCGUACACUGUAUCGAUCCGUCGUGGUGAUGAAGGAGCUGAGCCGGAAGGCAAAGCUCUCAAUUUAUCGCCGAUCUACGUUCCCAUCCUCACCUAUGGUCAUGAGCUUUGGGUUAUGAUCGAAAAGACAAGAUCACGGGUGCAAGCAGCCGAAAUUAGUUUCCUCUGCAGGGUGUGAGGGAGGAGCUCAAAUUAAAGCUGCUCCUCCACAUGGAGAGAAGCCAGACGAGCUGGUUGAGGCAUCUGGUCAGCAUGCCACCCGAACGCCUCCUUAGGGAGGUGUCUAAGGCACGUACGACCGGUAGGAAGCGUCAGAGAAGACCCAGGACAAGUUGGGAAGACUAUGUCUGCCGGAUCCCCCGGGAGGAGCUGGAUGAAAUGGCUGGGGAGAGAGAAGUCUGGGUUUCCCUGCUUGGGCUGCUGCCCCCGCGACCCCACCUUGGAUAAGCGGAAGAAGAAAGCCAAGAGUUGGGACUAGUUUUCAUCCAGGAGCCCGAGGAUGUGAUUUUCCCUUUGAGUGUUGAUGGCGACAACAACGUGAUGAUGCACUGCGAGGCGCGGGGGAACCCUUCCCCCACGUACAGCUGGUACGUGAACGGCACCAAGCUGGACGUGGAGGCCCACCGGCGCUACAAACUCAUCCACGGCCACCUGGUGGUCGCCAACGGCAGUCAGAGCGCCGACUCUGGGAAGUACCAAUGUCGCGCCCACAACGCUUUUGGCACGGCGCUCAGCCGGGACGCCCUUUUGCAGUUUGCAUAUGUUGAAGAUUUCAGCAAGAAGAGCCGAGGUGGCGUCUCCGUGCGUGAAAGCCAAGGUGUUGUGCUGAUGUGCUCGCCCCCCCCUCACUCUCCAGAGAUCGUCUAUAGUUGGGUGUUCAACCACUUCCCGUCCUUGGUGGCGGAGGACAGCCGGCGCUUCGUGUCGCAGGCGACAGGGAACUUGUACGUGUCCAAGGUCCAACCCUCCGACGUGGGCAGCUACAUCUGCCUGCUCAAGAACACGCUCACCAACGCCCGCGUCCUCAGCCCGCCCACGCCGCUCACCCUCAGAACUGACGGAGUGAUGGGAGAAUACGAGCCCAAACUGGAAGUCACCUUCCCCUCAUCCCAGUCAGCUGCCAAGGGUGUGACCGUCACCCUGGAGUGUUUCGCCCUGGGCAAUCCAGUUCCAACCAUUACAUGGAGGAAACUGAAUGGAAACAUUCCCAAGAAGGCCAGACUUCGCAAGUCUCAGGCACUUCUGGAGAUUCCUGACAUCCAGCUGGAGGACUCGGGGACCUACGAGUGCAAAGCUGACAAUCCUCGAGGAGGAGCCACCUUCAAAGGACUUCUGCAGGUCUACGCGUCACCAGAGUGGGUGAAGAAGAUGGAGGACAGGCGGGUGGACAGUGGAGAGACUCUGCAGUGGGAGUGCAAGGCCACAGGGAGACCCAGGCCCACAUAUCGCUGGUUACGUAACGCUUUACCUUUGACGUCGCAGGGUCGAAUAGAGGUGGUGAACGGCCAGCUGACCAUCCACCAAGUGCAGCCUGCAGACUCAGGAGUGUACCAGUGUGUGGCGGAAAACACCCACGCUGCACUCUACGCCAACGCUGCACUCACAGUUUUAGCAUCACCGCCCGUCUUCUUGGCCAACGCCGUGCGAGUCAUGGCCACGCUGGGCAAGGACGUGUCCAUGGAGUGCAAAGCGCGGGCGUCGCCCAGAGCCAGGAUGACGUGGCGGCGAGGAGAGCGCAGGAUCCAGCCCAGCAGAAGGUUCCUGCUGCUGAGGAACAACACUUUGAAGAUCCUCAACGCCAGCCAGGCGGAUGAAGGGGAGUAUGUGUGCCGGGCGGAGAAUCAGCUGGGCUGGGCGGAGAUGUCGGCCGUCUUGUGGGUCAAAGAGGCCAUGCGUGUGGAUCUGAGUCCCAGCAGCGUGGAGGUGACGGUGGGAGAGAGCGUGGUGCUGAGCUGCAAGGUCUCACACGACAGCUCCAUGGACGUCACCUUCCUGUGGACAUUCAACCAGCAGCCAAUCACCUUCCAGCAGGGAGGAGGACACUUUGAGUACAUCCAGACAGUCAGAGCCAAGCACACCUCCACGGUGGAUCUGAUGAUCAGGAGUAUUCUGCUGAUGCAUGCUGGGAAGUACGCCUGCAAGGCUCACACCAGUGCUGACACCGUGGCUGCGGAGGCGGAGCUUCUGGUUCGAGGUCCUCCCGGCCCUCCUGGAGUGGCCAUCGUGGAGGAGAUCGGUGCCACCAGUGCCAGCCUGUCCUGGAGCCGUGGUCUGGACAACCACAGUCCCAUCAGCACCUACCAGCUGCAGGCCCGCAGCCCCUUCUCUAUGGGCUGGCACAACGUCCAGACGGACCCAGAGUCUGUGACUGGAGACCUGGAGGCAGCCAUGGCGGUGCAGCUCAACCCUUGGGUGGAAUACCAGUUCCGAGUGGUGGCCAGUAACGCAAUCGGAACUGGAGACCCCAGUCCACCUUCGAGAGGGGUCCGCACUAAAGAAGCAGUGCCGUCUGUGGCGCCCGCUAAGGUGAGCGGUGGCAGUGGUCGCAGGCACGAGUUGGUCAUCUCCUGGGAGCCUGUGUCAGAAGAGUUCCAGAACGGUGAAGGUUUCGGGUACAUCGUGGCCUUCCGCGCUAACGGCAGCAGAGGGUGGAAGGAGAAAAUGGUGACGUGUGCAGACUCCGCCUCCUACAAGUACCGAGAUGAGACCUUCCCGCCUCUCACCGCCUUCCAGGUGAAAGUGGGCGUGUACAACAACAAGGGGGACGGUCCUUUCAGCCAGGUGGUCAUCAUUCACUCUGCAGAGGGCGAACCCAGGGAGGCGCCAUCAGACGUCAAGGCCUCCACCAUUUCCUCUUCACAAAUAAAGGUCACGUGGACGCCACCGCAUCCUGGUCCUGGAAGGCCCCGAGGCUAUGAGGUGAGCUCCUGGAAAGAUACGGAGAAAGAGGAGUUAGGAUGGAAGCAGAGAACCUUGAAGAACGAGACCUCCAUGGUGCUAGAAGGUCUAGAAGGAAACACAGGUUACUUCAUCAGAGUCCGAGGCUUCAACAACAUCGGCCAAGGUCCUGCCAGCGACACCGUCUCAGCCCACACCAGGAAAGCCCCUCCUUUGCAACCUCCAAGCAACCUGCUGUGGAUCCAAGAGGGCAACAACGUGUCUUUAAGUUGGGACCCGGUCAAGGCCAAGGACAACGAGUCUGAAGUCAUCGGGUACAUGGUGUUACUGGAGCAAGAGGGCAAAGGUCACCGCCAGGUGAGCCGCACCAUCAACCCGUCCAGCGCACUUUCCCUUCCUGAGGGCGGCACCUACGUCAUCCAGGUGCGAGUCCUCAGUGAGGGUGGGGAAGGAGCGUUGUGCUCACAAGUACGACUUGUCACGUCUUCUGGUGUGCGGGUGAAGAGCGGCCAUGUUUCUUUGCACGUGUGCAGAGAGAAGCUGACGUGGACGAUGCUGAUCCUGCUCCUGGUGCCGUCAGCUUCCUGGUGAGACUUCCUGUCCUCCUUCCUGGGGGAGAAGAACUCGCUGGUCUUCUGCUUUGUGAUUCCCGAGGACUUCUGGAAGAAACGGACGGUGUGGAGUACAAAAGCGCGGUUUGGUUUUUCCUCUUCCUCGCUGCUGUGGUGCUCGACGCGAGUGCGACCACGGACUUCUUCAACCUUUGGUACCUUCUCUCAUGGACUCACUCCCAGACUGCCAGGUGUGGACAAUCCCUGGAGAUCUGCCAAGGAUUAGCCCCCCCAAGACCACCUUUAGGUCAGAACUCUCAGUAAUCCUUCUUUUUGGUACUCGCCCACCUUUUUCUACGCAACUACUUCCUGUUUUCUACUCCCAGACCAAAAGUUUGACUUCGUGGUUCGUCGGACGUGAGAAAGUAGUGAGAGUGAACCUCUGUAGCGCCCCCGCUGGCAAAUAAAUGUCAUGUCUAUUUUUAAA